AUGGUGCUCAUGCAGCCUGACUCACCCAUCGUAGCAGCAUAUAACAGCGCCCCCAGGAUUUCGUGCCAGAUCGUGUCGCCGAGCACUGCUGAUGACUUGAAGAGCCAUAGGGAGAACGUCAGAGUUCAUAGAGAGGUUGAUGCUGGUGUUGUGUUGAUUUGGCAAGAAGGGAAGUCCGAUCAUUUGGCGAUUUGGCGAUUUGGCGAAUUGCCGAAAUUUCCAGAUCCCAGAUGUCCUCGUUCCCAGACCCAAAAUAACCUAACUGGACUGAAGAUAACCGAUGAAUACCGUGUUUCUCAUGCUUUUAGAUGCGUUUUGAAGGGGUAUAAUAGGAAUGUACACUGGGACUAUUUGACAUUAUCCAAUGUUGGUACAAAGUUGUUGAAGGGAUUUAAGCCUUUUUUUAAUGUUGUUGUAGUCCGUGGUUUGUGGAAAGAGAAAUAUUGUCAAAUUCUCUCCUUCGCGCCUCCCCGAAAACAUACUUAUAAGGACAAAGUCGAACUCAAAACUAUUCUGAGUACCUUCCUUCCUGCCCCCAUCCACCUCCUCACUAUUAUGAUGCGCUUACUUAUUUAUGCUUGUGCAACCAUCCCCAGAGUCCACUGCGCGUCCCAGAGCGACCUGGAGCCGACUUGCUCACCACUUGGCAACACUGCAUUCUGGCACAUAUAUGCGAAGGGACUCAGACGUGUUUGUCGGCCACAGGUGCUCCCAUUGUUGACACCAGUGGAUGACAAUGUUUAUGCGGAUUUGCUGAUGUGCUUCUCCCCAUCAUACAGAUCUGGUUCUGAUGUGAAGAAACUACCUUUCGGUCACCUCUCUAAAAUUUUGAAAGACUUCCCAAGCUCCCUGCAAAUUUUUGCAUCUUGCACAAUGGCCGACACAAUCACCGACAGCGCUCUCACCCCUCAGCCUCGUGUGCCACACACCCACACUUUGCCUACAAUCAUUCAGCUCUUGAAAAGCCUCUCCCUACCCAACAUUUUACAGAAAAACAAGAAUAUUGAGGCUGACAACAAUGCCAGAUCCGCCAAGACCUUGAAUCACACUCUAGACCCAGCAGGUCACCCUGAACUGGGAUCAGAAGUCACUUCAUUGAUCACCAUUGAUCCCAAAGAUCUGGCCUGA